GGACGACCCUAGGAACCUUCUCCAUAAAAGAGAAGAUGAUGCCAGCGCAGGAGUGUGCGCGCAACUGGGUAAAACCUGCGCGGUCAAGGUAAUCAGGAGCAAAGAAUGGCGCACGGAGGACGCGCUAGAGGAGGCAAAUACUCUCCUGACGAUAGGAAACGAGGGUGCCCCCUUCCCCCAGGAAGGAUGUCGGCGUAUUGUUAGGCUACGGGACCUUUUUUUGCAUGCGACACCUGCUGGGGAACAGCGCUCGCGCAUGGCAUUUGAGCUCCAUGGGCCAAGCCUGCGUCGCGUGCUGCAAUUGAAUGAGUGUCGCGGUUUCUAUAUCAUAUGUGGGAUAUUCAUCGCAUAGCAACUGAUGUCUGGAGCGCGCUUGCUUUUUUUGCGAGCAUUGAUUUGGUUCAUUUACGGAUUUGAAGCCGGAGAGCCUUCUUUUGGAGUUUGCUGGUGUGGUUGAAAGUCCUUCGCCUAGAGUGUGCCGAGAAUAUUGCCCAGUGAAGCCGUAUGAGCGUCCGUAUCGGCGUCCGUGUCCUCCUCGAGUCAAGGUGAUAGAUAUGGUCGGAGCCACUUGGACCACCACGCCCCGUUUCGGAGCGAUAAUAUCCACAGCACCGCACAGGUCACCGAAAGUGGUGACUGGCGCAGAAUGGAACGAGAAGACAGACGUUGCCAGCUUUGGGCGCAUUCUAGUGGAACUUUUUGACGGCAAGAUGCAGCUGCUCCGAGAGGGAGAGGUGAAGCAGCGUAUCGAGGAGAUCGAAACAGUGAGCGGAUGGUGGCCAGACACUCUGAUUAAACGCGGCAGUCAACGGCUACUCGCAGAUGUUGGCGUUUUUUAUAAAGUUUCCGUAGAUGAAGACGACGGCGAUUACGGACCUAAACAUGCGGAAUACGAUCCCAGCUGCGACUCACCGUCACCAGCAACAGCACGUAGGAACGACGAUCAAAAGCCGACACAUCAGCAACAGAGGGCUGGCGUAGGAGUUGGACCACGAGGAACACGAGCUCCGCCGCGUUGUCGAUCACCAAAACCCAAAAGCUAUGCAUAUAUCACUGCGCGCGGUAGCGACAAAUGCCUGGAAUUGCGUCAGCGCAUAGUAGGGAAUGCCCCUAAAUCGAUUCGUGAUGAGAUCGACAGCAAGACUAAAGAAAUAGACGCGGUCUGGCGAUCGUCUGUGAUCGGUGGAUUGGCACCCGCAAGCAGCAGAAGGUGUAGAAGCAACUCAAUACUUGAGAUCGAAGUGAAUUACCACGUGGAGUUCUAUAGGAUGUGCAAGCACGCGCUGACGCUAGACGAUAAGCUUCGUCCCCCCACUGUUUCUUUCCUCGGCAUGCCCUUUGUUGGAAACACACGGAUACCAUGGAGCAGGUGAACCGCGUAGAAAUGGCCCAAGAUGCAAUCGUGUCUUUACUGGAAAUGAACAAUGAUAUCGUGUCUUUACUGGAAAUGAACAAUGAUAGGGAGUAUCUUCAAGAACUUUUUGCAGCAUAAGGAUGCUUUCAUGAUUAGUUAUUUUUGCUCAUGUAUAUAGUCAGUUCCUCCGCGGUGUUUAUAGUGUAAGGAGCUGCAAGUUAGCGAGGUUUUGCUAUGGAAGUUCCCAAUGUAGACACGACUCUGCCAUCUUAAAGAUAGAGCAAGAGAUGACAAGUGGUAGAAUAGAUACAGGAAUUUCCCUUUGAGUAUUUUCCAAGAUUGAAUUACUCAGAUAUGGUUUAAGAGUUAAACAUAUCUCAAUCUUCCAUUCAGAUUUCAAGCCCUCCUGUAAAAAGGUGAGUCUUGUUGCUUUUGAACCUCUUAUGCUCCGAGAAUCCAGUAGUCGAAAUAGAAGAUUUCAUCUUAGGAGUCAUUCAGUCUUUUCGCGAGUAGAGCCGUCACUUAGUGGGACAGUAGAGAGCGGGUAACCUCGCUGGUAGAGAGUUAGAUACUGUUGCUCCUCUAAGUAGUUUUAGAAGUUAUGAGGGAAAACUAGCGUUGAAGACGUUUGUGCCCGUAAUCUCAAAAGUAGUUAGAAAAAGUAAGUAGUCUAAACUUGAGUAGAAUUAAAACUUUCAGAAACCGGAAGUCAGUAAAUUAGCGCUGUACCGUGCAGGCUUUUUAAGUGUUGUCUUUACGAAACUCUGUCAAUAAAAAAUAAAAGAGCUGUCGCUUUCUUAUUUUUCUACUUUUCUAGUCGGUAUUCGGUAGUAGUCUAUAUUGAGUUAGUCUCCCCUCGUCAGACUCAGGCUCAGCUGCCCUCGUUUACUCAUUUCCUCACUUACUUAGUUGUCCAAAGUGAACGCUGUCCUUCCGUUGAACCAUUGACUUUGUGUUUACUGACUAGUCCCGAAAUCUUGGUGGUGUCAAGUAUUUGCCCUGCUUCCAGUUAGUACUAGCUGUCUCUUCCUACUAAAGUUUGAUAGUGUGAUAUUGAGCUGUGUCGUCUUUAAUUAUUCUUCUUAGUGUUUGUCCUUCCUGAGCUUCCGCCCUGCUUCUUCCUUUUCUAUACUUAUUUAUCUUAGUGUGUAUCCUUCUUGAGCUUCCGCCCUGCUGGGUGUCUGUUUGAAAUGUCAGCUUUCUUUCUCCUUACCGUAGCCUAUAUGCGUCUGCUAUUUAAUGAGUAGGUCCUUCUCCUUCUGCUUUGACUAGCCUGAUUAGGUGGUAGGUAAGUAUCCUGAGGUGAUGCGCGUCUGGUAGUCCGUUAGCAGUUAGCAGUAGGUGGCUGGUGGUUGCUAAGAGAGUUCUCUUUUUUUCUAUUCUGUGUGGUGAGUCCUUCAUGCUGUCUCCCUCCUGUUUGUUGAUUGCGAAGCGUACUGUGCCGCUACUGGUGGCCAGAAGGCUUUUUUCUGAAAUCUCCAAAACCAAAUCCAAAUCUGGGCGUCUGUUUGAAAUAUUAGCUUUCUUUCUUCUUACCGUUACCUAGUUGCCUCUGUUAUUUAUUUAAAUGGGGUUCUCUUUCUGCUCCUGUGACUAACUUGAGUAGGUGGUAGGCAGGUAUCCUGAGGGGAUGCGAGUCUAGUAGUCCGUUAGCAGUAAGUAGUAGGUGGUUGGUAGUUGCUUAGCAAGUUCCUUUGUUUUCUUUCUGUGUGCCGUGUGGUGAGUCCUUCAUGCUGUCUCCCUCAUUCUGUUGAUUGCGAAACGUACUGCGCCCCUAUUGGUGGCCAGAAAACUUUUUCUGAAGUCUCCAAAUACAAAUCUAUCUUAUGAUGUAUUAUUUCAUUGAGAAGAGCAGCGAGCGCGAGCGCUUCACCCAACAAGAACAUUACGUUUUGAAUGGCCUUGACCUGCAAUCGGUGACGACGUUCUGGGAGAGCUG